AAUGUUUGGUCAAUUUAUCAUUCUAUUGAAAAUAAUUCAUCUGGUUUCGUGCGAGUAUCAUGACUAUAUAAUAGUUGGAGCUGGGCCUUCAGGACUUCAAAUGGGCUCUUUCCUAGAGGACAAAAAAAGAGACUACGUGAUUUUAGAAAGAGGAAACUCAUCAGGAACUUUCUUUAAAACAUUCCCAAGGCAUAAUACUUUAAUUUCUAUCAAUAAAAGAUUCACUGGUAAAACUAAUAAAGAGUUUAAUUUUCGACACGAUUGGAAUUCUUUGAUUAGUAAUGAUGAAGCGUUACUUUUCAAAGAGUAUAGCAAAGAUUUCUUCCCUGAUAAGGGCGAUUAUCUUCAAUAUUUAAGUGAUUUUGAAAAGAAAUUAGGGCUAAACACUCGUUUCAAUACAAAUAUUAUAUCAUCUCGAAAGAUUGACAAUGGUACCAUUGAACUAACUGAUGAAAAAGAAGUAACAUUCCUUUGCAAAUAUUUAAUUGUUGCUACUGGUAUAUUCAAACCUCUGAAAGUCCCUUUCAAUGGUAGUGAAUAUGUAACGUUCUAUGAUGAUAUGAUCUUAGAUCCACACUAUUAUGAGGGAAAAAAUGUCCUAAUACUUGGUAAAGGAAAUACUGCAAAUGAAGUUGCUACUUCUUUAUUCCCUUAUGCAAAUGUUGUACAUAUGGGAAGUAGGAGUAGAGUGAAACUAUCCUGGUCAACUCAUUAUGUUGGAGAUUUAAGGGCCAUUAAUAACAAUAUAUUAGAUAAUUAUCAAUUGAAAGCCUUAGAUGGUAUAUUUGAAGUUGACGUUCGAGAAUUAUCAAUUUUUAAGAGAGAUGACGGACGUUUCAUGUUAGAAGAUCCCUUAUUAAAGGUCAACGUCAAGGACGAUAAUUUUUCUUUUAGAGAUCCGUAUGAUGUCAUAAUAUCCUGCCUUGGUUGGAUAUGGGAUGAAACGCCAUGGGUUAUUGGAGUGGAAGAAUCAUGGUGUUGUCUGCCUCAUCAACCUGCAGAACCAUUUAAUCAGCUUGUACCUUGGAUCGUUAAAAGAGUGAAUGAAGCUUCUGCACCUUACCAAAUGUUUCAGGUGCUUGGAGAUGUCAUAGUUAUCAACGAAAAAGAGGAAACGUUUGAAGCGUAUGAAGAAUAUCCCCUAACCUCUCUUGAUGAAUUUGAAAUUAGGACAGGUCGAAAUGUUACAAUCCGUUAUUGUAGUGGUUUUUGA